AUGUUCGGCAAACUAGUCCUCUCUGUCGGUGUGCUCCUUGCUGGAGUCCAGGCUCAGCAGGCCGGCAACUGCCUUAAGAAGACCUCUGCAUACGUUUCAGAUGUCAUGUUAAAGCAAUCCAUUUUGACCUUGAAUACUAUACUAGCCUACACCCCGGCCCAGCUCAUCGCCGCCGUCAACGACACCGUCUCCAUCCCCCAACUCUCAGUCACUCAGCUCUCCCAGACCCUGUUCCACUGCACAGAUAUCCUCGGUGGAAUUACCGGAAACGCCUUCUGCUUCGCUGGCUGUGAUACCAAGCCCUCUGUCCGCAACGACCAAUGUAUCAUGUAG